CAGGCACGCUCUUACUCUCUCUGACUGACCCCCAAGCAACCAAAAACCUUCAACCAACCUCCUCCUCCACCUCACUCACUCCACCUCCCAAAAAAAAACCCCCAUCACCGCCGACCACCGACAGCAACACUACCGGAAACUUCACCUCCACCUCCACUCUUCUCCCAGCCCCAGCGAUAAUCUGCUUGCCUGUACUGCUUGCUCUCUUUCGUUAAACUCCUGCUUCUUUACGACCUAAUACUCUCGUUACCUUGCUACUCUGCUUUCUUCCUUGUCCAUAUUACAAGUCUUCCUGCAUACGACCAAUCUCUUUCCCCUUCCAUCUCCGAAAAGAAAAGGCAACAAAACAGAACUCUCCUGCCACCUAAUCCAACUGUCUCUACACAACACGAAUCUCUCUCGACCUUCUACACGAUCAUUUACGAACUUUAUACACGUCUCAGCGUCUAGCAGUCUUUUCUAGCGGGCCCUCAUAUCCAUCCUAUACGACCUUCAACCUUCACACGCUUCCGAUCUCUUCGGGUGUAGGUUUUGGAUAUACUGCGCUUCACACAAGCACAGCACAGCACAUCAAAGAAUCGUCGCACAAAAACACGACAUCUCCGCCGUCCCGAUCUACUGCGACACUCAGAUUUACAUAUUCCUUCUCUACACUGCAUACCCAGCACAUAAACAUACUCAUAUCUCCCGUACAGCCAACCUCGCUUCAUGCCCAGCGCAGCUUAGCUGCCCUUCCCACCACGACCACCCACCACCCCCAUGCCGAAGCUCCCCAAGGCCUUCGCUCGGCGCAAGUCGGCCGCCAAUGUCCUCGAUGAGCCUCUCGCCGACGUCCCGCCGAACCAGCAGACCUUCAGGGUCUUUGACCGUGCCAACACCGCUAACUUCGAUGGCGGCAAGCCGAGGCUAAACGGUGGCAGCGGCAACGUCAGUGGCAGGCCCAGCACCGAUCCAGAGAGGGAUGAUAAUUUAUUCUCAGGGUUCAGCAACCGCGGCAGCGGGACCUCUAAUUCAAACACCGUUUCAACGGCUGACAAUUCCUCGAGGCGUAGUGCUGUCUCAUCCGCGUCUUCCGACCCGAAAGACACCACCGCCAACGGGAAGAACAACAACGCGCCCCUCCCCGCCGUACCGAAGGGCACAUCAAAGUUCUCCCUGAUAUCGACGGGCAAAGCCUUUUCCUUCGGACGGAAGUCCUCGGGCUCGACACCGUCAAGCACCACCCAGGAGGACCUCUCGAAACCGCCCACGCCGGCAAAGGAUGAUACAACCCGCUCAAGCACUUUGACCGACAGCGCGAGGAGUGAUUACUCGAGCGCGAACGCUUCACUGAAGCUGGAUAAUAGGCUUAGUCUCGGUGGUGACUUCGCAGCCAUGUUUAUGGGAACUGGGAACCGCAAGAGCGCGGUGCUGGAUGCUGAGAAUAGGCGGACGCAGUCGGUGAGCCCGGCGGAGGGAUCUACAUCGACAGCGAGACAAUCUGGUGUUUCGAGGAAACCGCUCGGGAAUGUGAGCAACGAGCGGUCCCUGACAGGGGAUACAUCAUCAUAUCCAUGGGGACAACAAAAGUCGGCAGAGAAGCAGAGGCUCAUGUUUAGCACGAGCCCCGGGCCAUCACCAUCAGCGACACCGCCGCCUGUACCGGAGCAUGACACGAAUGGCAGUAAUAACACAAGCAGACCAGGUGUAGGAUUAAGGAGGAGCAGUGCUGUGAGGCGGCAAUCGCUGAUGGCCAUUGGGGAUGGAGAGGAUGAGGACGCAAAGUUAAUGAGGGAGUCCAUUAAUGCGAUGAGGCAGCUUAAUGUGGAUGAAACACCCAGGGCGAGGGAUAGCUGGAUCAACCCAUCCGCAGUAGCUGCGUAUAACGUUGCCAACACCCCAAAACCCACAGCAGCGAGCUCGAAUAACACCACCCCCCGUGCUCGCUACCCGGCCAUGGAGCCCCAAGAAGAUGGCCUCUUCGACCAACAGACUGCCGCCUCCGCCAACCUCGCCCUUCAAUGGGGCGAGAAGCCGAGCACACCCCAGUCCUCUGCGCCAAAGAACAAGGUUAUGACGACGGCACAGUUCGAGCGCUACCGCCAAGAGCAGGAGCGCCAGAAGCGGUACAGCCAGGGAAAGUUCCCUGACGCCAAAGCCGACGAUGACGACGAUGCCGCAGACGACACAUACGAGGACGAGGGUGACGAUGAAGAGGAGCGCCGCAAGGAGCAGGCCAAGCAGCGCCGCAAGCAAGAGGCACACAUGACCGUUUACCGCCAACAAAUGAUGAAAAUUACCGGCGAGACAGCCAACCCCGGCGCCCGCCCCUCCGCCGUCACCUCCCAAAGCACACCUAACCUCCAGCUCUACGCCGACAACCCCGCCGCCGACGAAGAGGAGGACGAAGAUAUCCCCCUCGCCAUCCUCGCCGCCCACGGCUUCCCCAACCGCAGCCGCGCCCCAGGCCAACUCGGCGGCAUGGCCUCAAACCCCAACCUCCGCGCCGCCAGCCAGAUGAGCGGCGCGUACCCCCCACCUCCCCGCUCCGUCACUGGCGGCGGUGGUGAGCGCGGCAGCGCCCUCCCUGCUUUCGCCCGUCGCCUCCCGCAAGACCCGUACUUCGGCGCUGGCCUCGUUAACUCGACCAACCGCGAGUCCCUCGCCCUAGGCAGCGGCUCGCAGUACGGUGGUACUGGCGGCGGCCCGCGCGCGCAGCCGGGUGGACUGGUAGGCGUUAUCGCCUCAGAAGAGCGCUCGCGCGCCAUGAGACGCGGAAGCCCUAAUCCUGCUGGCGAAUACCCAGCCAUGCCAGCUGGUAUGGGACUAGGCUACUCGGGCGGCGCGCGCACCCCAGGUGCGAUGUCGCAAGACCCCGUCGCGAUGCAGGCGCAGAUCGCGGCUAUGCAGGCUCAGCUGCAGCAGAGCAUGGAGAUGCAAUUCCAGUUCUUCCAGAUGAUGGCUGGGGCCGCGCCGCCUAUGCAGGCACCUCCGGGGGUCCAGAUGGUGCCGGGCAUGAUGCCGCAGGGUAUGAUGAUGCCCCCACAGGGUAUGCCGGCACAAGGUGCGCCGCAGCUUGGUGGUAUGGGCCGCACGAGCACGAUGGGUAGUAGCCUUGGAUUCGGUGGUGCGUUCCCAGCUGGACCACGCAGCGUCGCCGGUACGCAACGCCCGAUGACUAUGCUCGACCCGAGGGGUGCUCCGUACGCAGCCUCUAUUGCGCCGAGCGAGAGGAGUAACGUCGGUAUGCCGGAUCGAUACAGACCCGUCAGCCACAUGCCAGUGGAGAACGCGAACGGCGUCCCGCGGAUGAGCGUCCUUGCUGUGGGUGGCAAGGGGCCAAAUGUCACGGUGCGCCCCGUGGAUGGUGGAGAUGAGGACGAGGAAGACGCGUGGGAGGAGAUGAAGAGGCAAAAGGAGAAGAAGAAGAGUAUUUGGCGGAUGAAGAGGGAGAAGAAGGGGGUUCUUGUUGAGGAGGUGGGGGAGAUGGCUAGAUUUACUAGUUAAAUCUGAGCUGUUGAGUAUGUAGGUGUUUGCAGAGAGAAUGAAUGGUAGGGGAGCAUUGCGUGGGCGUUCUUCUUGUUUUUUAUACUUUGGUGGGAGGUGGUGGGAUGUGCGCUGGAAAACUAUGAUCUCUUUGAGGGGAUCUUUUUUGUUUUGUGUUUUAUAUGGGUAGAAGUGGACUCUUUAGUGAGAUGGGCAUAUGUUGCGGAUGGGGAUGACAUACAAAUGGAUAAGCUGAUGGAAGGCCAGAGGGUAAAUUACCUUAUAGUACCUUAAUAAUGGAUGCUGAUGUACUUUAUAAAAACUGUUCUUGUUGCGUUAAGAUGUGGUGGACUGAGUGAGGUAGUUGUGAGAUUAGGUUCACACAAUCAAUAUUGGUGGCCUUUCUCUGGCUAGGGUUGAGUUACCAUAAUACAUAUAUCUGUUUCCCAUCCUAGGAAGGAACGUAGGGAGGUA